AUGUCGGCGAAGGAAUGGAAGAAGGCGAAUUCUCAGAAGCAAGAGAGGAUAUGGCAGCGCUCGAAAAAGACUACGAAGAAGUCGGUGCUGAUUCUUUCGAUCCAACCGAAGAAGAGUAUUAGUGUUUGCGAAUGA